UGUCAAAAAUCGUCUGCGAAGGAAAAGCAAAACGGUGCGUGUGCAGAGCUAGUGAAAAGAUUUUUCUUUCGUAAAUUGGAAUUUUAUUCCAAAAUUGAGAACGAUUCUCUCGACAAAUAUCGGUGUAAUCGUUUCUAUGCAUCAACCGCAAGGUGGUAAAACAGUGAUUUUGUUGAAAUAGUGGCUGAAAUUGUCAGCACAAGUCAAAUUGGACGCUGGGUGGAUCGAGCGGCCGCCGCCGAGCUAUUGGGGCUGGGGUUACGCCUUCCACAGAAACGCUGUGCAAGCAAACAUCGACCCCAUUUACGGCAAGUUCCCUGGAGUGGAGGAGUCGACGAAUUGUGGCAUCGGUUUGGCGUUGGAGAUUACUACGGCUGGCUAUACGGAUUACUUUUUACAGGAACUAUUUUCGGAGUGCAGUGCUUGAUUUGUGGGUUUGCUAAUUUGUUUUUUAUUUUUUAUCUAUUUCAUGGGAUUCUCUGGGAAUUAACUUCGGGUGAAUUGGACAUAUUUGUAUGGAUAAUGGUAUGAAAUUGUGUGAAAUGAUAAAAACUGUGAAUUCCGCGUGCACAACAAAAUGAUACAAACAAUUCAGGAUGUCAGUGACUGUGUGCCGCUGUACUUGCCGCAUAGUCUGUAUCUCAAGCCGUCGGCCAAGUUCAAUGUGUCCGUUGCGCUGCCGAAUGCCAUCACUGGCAAAACCAUCUCCAACUAUGAAGUUAUGGAGAAGAUGCGUCAGAUGAUCCUGCCGGACAAAUUCUCGGUGCUGAAGGUUCGAUCUUUGUCGCAGGUUUCCAAAAGCACGGUCGGGCUCAUCCGCUUCGAGGGCGAGCUGGAAGACCGGAGCAAACUGCGUCAUGUACUGUCGCGGCUCGACGGACGGCCGAUCCGGCUGCCGGGGUUCAGUGAAUCGGUAAAACUGCGAGCAUCGGAGGCGAAAGACGAUUUCCCGACCCGUCACGAUUGGGAUUCCUUCUUUCGCGAUGCCAAGAACAUGGACGAGAUGAAGGCGGGCGAACGUCCGGACACGAUCCACUUUGCCAAUUUGCCGAUCAAGUGGUUCUGUCCGCGGCACAUGGAGAACGAGGACAACGCCAAACCGAGCGAGAGCAUUUUCAAGCGGAUCUUCGAAAAGUUCGGCGAUGUCCGGUGUGUGGACAUUCCGAUCUGUGACCCGUACCGGUCGCAGAUGAAGGCGCACAUGUCGGGCAUGCAGAAGUUUAGCUUCGACCAGGAGAUGUACUUCGAAGGGUAUGUCCAGUUCAGCGAGUACGUCGGGUUUGUGAAGGCGAUGGAUGAGUUCCGGGGCAUGAAGCUGGUGCACAAGGAGGUGGACAAAAAUCUGGCGGUUUCCAUUGCGGUGGAUUUCGACCGGACCAAACACCUGAGCGAUUCUUCCAUCAAAAAGCGAAAGGUGGUCAGAGAUCGACUGAUUGCGGCCGAUCGGGAAAAGGAAGAGCUGGAGAAGAAACGCGCCGUCGAAGAGGAAAACAAAAAGGAACGCGAGAGAAAGCGUCAGGAGGAGCAACGCAAGGCGGAGGAGCUGAAACGCAUGCAACGGGAGCAGCGCCGCAAGGAGAAACACCUGCAGAAAUUGCGCCAGAAGGAAACGGAUGAAAUCAGCCUGAAGAUUCUGCAGGAGGAGCGCAAGCUCAUGGAGACCCAACGAAAGCUGGAGAGCAUUCGCUUGAUCGACGCUCUGUUCGAGAGGAUGAAGAUAAAACAAGCAUUGCUAGAUGGAAAAAUGAUCAAGUCCGAGUCUUCCAAGAAAUCCGCCAUCCCUGCCAACAAAAAGGUAGACAAACUCAAAGCAGCUCAGCAGAAGGAAAUGGAGAAAAUGCGUCAACGCGUUAAGGAAGUCAAGGACGGUAAUCUGUUGAAAAAUUUCUUGGGAACAUCUGGUCGCAGCUCGUCGGCACGAUCUCGCUCGCCCAGUAUCAACACAAUCAGCUCGGACGACAGUAUACUGAAUGACUUCCCGGUAGAUGCGCGGACUAAAAAGAAGAAAAAGAAGAAAAAUAACUCGGACGAUGAUUCUUCCGACGCACCAGUGUCCGAUGAAGAACGUGAACCGGCACAAGAAGCACAAGCACCUGCGGCGGCGGUACCAUAUUCUGCUGUGCCGCCCACUAUGGGAGCUUAUCCUGGUAUGUAUCCGGGCUUCGAUUGGGCUGCUAUGGGGUAUGCAUAUCCGUAUGAUCCUUAUUACGCCCAGAGGGCAGAAUACUACGCUAGCGCUAUGGCCUAUCGUGAUUAUCGCGGUGCACCACGCGGUGGAAGAUUUUCGAGAGCACGUGGCCGAGGCAGUUAUCGGGGUCGUGGCUAUGGUUACUAUAGGGGAGAUGGUUAUGGUGAUUACGAUUACCACGAUCGUGACCGGGAUAGAUCCAGAUCAUAUUCAAGGUCCAGGUCUAGAUCAAGGUCAAGAUCGCGGUCCCGUCGUCGCAGAUCUCGCUCUAGAAGCCGUGGACGCUCCAGAUCUCGCAGCCGGUCCCGUCGUUCUCGCAGCAGAACUCGUUCAUCUCGGUCUCGGUCUAGAUCAUCAAGGUCAAGAUCGCGUAGGUCCAGAUCGAGAGCAAAAUCCGAACGCUCUCGAUCGAGGACACGUCGGUCGGAAUCCAAGUCCAAAAAGCCGGUGCAGAUGUCGAAACCUACGGCCAAGCACCUGGCUUCAACUAUGAGAGAUUCAAGAACUAAGUCCCGAUCGAACUCAAGAUCCAAAUCGCGAUCGAGAUCUAGGUCGCAUUACCGCCAUCGUUCGCGCCAUCGACAUCGAUCGAACCGACGACGAUCCUACACCAAGGAGCCGGAAGAUGAAACUGUUCCCGAAUCAUUCCGGAAGCAUCGCAUCGUACUUCAAACGGACAAGCUUGUCAAGAGCGCCAAGGAGAUCGAAGAAGAGGUCCGCGAACAUCUUCGAAAGCAGCAGGAGGAAGAGGAGCGUCGUCUUAAGGAGGCCGAAGAGAACAACCACGAUGGAAAUAUCUCGGAAUCUACACCAAUGGAAACAAGCAGUAAUCAUAAAGGUUCGAAACGGCAUUCACGACGAUCUUCGCGUUCCCGAUCAAAGUCCCAGCCGUCGCGUCCCAAAUCACCCCCUCCAAAAUUAUACUCCAAGAGUCCUUCACCAAUCAGGGCCAAGUCAAAAUCCAAAUCUCCUCCCAAAAAUAGCAAAAAUCACAGAGAGCCAUCUCGGUCAAAAUCCCCUGCCAAGGAGAAACGCCCCAGAGAUAAACAUCGCCGGGAUUACUCGCGGUCCAAAUCGCCCAACGGACCAUCGGACAAACGCAAGGACAGCCGCAACAACGAGCGAAGCCCUGUCGAUAGCGAGCGAAGCCACCGACGUCGACAUAAAUCCCAUUCGGAUCGCUCGGAACGCAAACGGAAGUCACGAUCGGUGGACAGUGCCAGGCUGGCGUCGCCAAAGCGCAAGCCCAGGGAAAACAGUCCCUGAAGAAUUUGUGCAGCUGAAAUGGAGUAAUAAAAUUAGAGAAGCUUCUUUGGAUCACGACUGGAUAGACGCUGCGAAGUACACACUAGUAGUUAUGUACGGUUAAAUGCUGAAAUGUUUUAACUCUAGAGACCAACACGAGCUCUAAGCUUAUUUCAUAGGAAUAAAAUAAUAAAUGAAUCGUCAGUUGAAAAAAAAAA